AUGUCGAAUUCAGAUUCAGAUGAAGAAGACAUCAUUGAUUAUUAUCAAUACCGUAAGCUAUGGAGAAUACAGAGGGAACAUUGGGUACAUCCAUACAUAAAAGAAAAUGCAAACUUAAGGCUAUUUGUUGCAGCACAAGAACUAUCUCAGACGGAUAGAAAAUGUAUUGCUUUCUACAGAAUGUCGAAAGAAACUUAUCAGGAAUUAUCAAGGAUGGUUGGCCCUUUCUUGGAGAAAAUGAACACAAAUAUGAAGGAAUGUGUGCCUGCCGCUGAACGAAUAUUGAUCACAUUGCGGUAA